AUGGAGCUUUCUAUCAGCUUUUGGGCCAGAUGUCUGAUCUGUAUCUUGCUCAUGCCAACCGAGAUUGCAAGCUUCGCUGUCACCAAAAGCGUGUUGCACCCCAUGAGGAGUAGAGAGUGUUUGUUCAAAGGGACGUUUGCUUCGAGAAAGAUUACGAGCGGAAUCAAGUCGUUAAGGUGCCAGGACGAACUGGAAUAUAUUCCAAUUGAAGUGUUUGGAGACAGAAGCGACUCUCUCGUGAAGACAGUCGCUUCGUGGUGGAAACAUCAUGAGAUGCACAGGAGCAAGGUCAGGUCCCAAGAUGUUACUGUCCUGUAUGAGAAGAGACUCGGCGAUGGAACCUACGGAGAGGUGUUUCUUGCCAGAGUUCACUCUGAAUCUCAAGGCGAGAUCCUCGGGGUCGCCAAGAAGGCAAAAGAUGGGCUCAAGGACACUGAUGAACCUGAGGGGACUGAAAAGGUUCGCGCGCUAGACGACGUGGAGCAGCAAGACCUUGCCAAAGAAUACUUGCAAGUGGAAGCAUACGUCAAUGACCUCGUCAAGGAAAAUUGUCCCGAGGUCGCCGCGCCAUACCUCGGAAAGAUGUACAAGGGCGGAAAGAACUGGCUCAUAUGGAAAUAUCUUCAAGGAGAAACAUUGGAGGACAUUCUCAUUCGAUGCGAUGAAAUUUACAGAGAAUUUGGAGGACAAGAAAGCCUUCGUCCCCUAGCAAGCGCGCUUGGUAUUGAAGAUUUUGAGGACAGAAGCAUACUAUCGCUGAGACAAUUGGUCAACGCUGUUGCUGCGCAACUCCUCCAAUGCUGCUAUAAACUCGAGAAGGCUGGUGUUGCCCACAGAGACAUCAAACCCUUCAACAUCAUGGUCACCAACUCCAGGUUGAUACUCAUCGAUUUCGGAUCUGCUGCAGCGAUGGGAGUGAGGGAGCGAGUCGGCUACGACUACAACAAGUCGCCGUGUGAUCCACGAUAUGCUCCCCCGGAGCAAUUCAUCGACGAACAGGAAUGGGCCAAGUAUGACGUGUAUUGUGUCGGGCUGAUACUAGUGAGGAUUCUUUUCCCUCCCCUCUGGGACGGCCAGCACUUUGAUGAAUUCUCUGAUUCGUACCAUGCGGCAAAGUACGACCUCGACGCCUGGCUCACUAGAAUCAUCUUGGCAGACAGCGCCCUGGGAAAGGGCUAUGAGAAGCCGAGGUGGAAGUUUCCGAUCCUGAGGUCGAGGGAGGAGGAGAGAGACGAGGAAUAUGUUGCGCUUGCAGAGAUGAGCUGCAACUUUCCCGACGAUGGAUCUCUGCUGAACAUGUGCAGCAUCAAGGAAGGUCUGGAGGUUCUUAACGUGAAGGACGGGGGAGUCUGCUGGGAAACCUUGCGACAAAUCCUUGCCAAGAAGCCUGCCAAGAGGAUGUCAUCAGGAGUCGCGUUGGAUCGUGUGCUCAAGGCUGGGCAGAGGGGCGGGCAAGGAGUGAAGGGUGUCAUCGACAAAAUCAUCCGCAACGCCGCCCCUCACGUUGCUGGAACAGCGCAAAAGGAAGGAUGA